AUGGAGAUUGGUUUGAUAGGUCUGGGUGUGAUGGGGCACAACCUUGCACUAAACAUUGUUUCGAAAGGAUACAAACUCCAUGUCUUCAACAGGACGUCUUCAAAGACAGACAGACUUGCAGAGGAAAGCAAUGAUGUCUACCCGCAUUAUUCUGUUCAGGAUAUGGUUAUGGGGAUCAAGACCUCUCCAAAGAUCAUUAUUUUGAUGCUGACAUCCGGAGAAGUGGUGGAUGCAUUUCUUGAGGAGCUUGGUAAAUAUUUGGGCAAGGAUGACAUUGUCAUCGAUGGAGGGAAUUCAUCGUUCAGAGACACUAUUAGAAGGAACAACUGUAAAUUCAGAUUUGUUGGAUGUGGGAUUUCUGGCGGAGAAGAGGGAGCUCGCCAUGGCCCGUCCAUCAUGGUUGGGUGUUCUAAGGGUGCCUGGGAGGAGGUGAAGGGACUUCUUACAGAUAUUUCUGCCAUCAGCGCCUCUAGAAAUGAUCGCUGCUGUGUGUGGCUUGGAGAGGAUGGGGCAGGCCAUUUCGUCAAGAUGAUUCACAACGGAAUUGAAUAUGGGGACAUGGCAGUGAUUACCGAGACAUAUCUAGUUCUGAGGUCUUUAGGACUGGAUAACUUGGAGAUAUCUUCGUUGUUUGAUAGUUGGGACAGGAUGGAAUCCGAGAGCUAUUUGCUUAGGAUUUCAUCCAACAUUCUAAGGAUGAAGAAUGAAAAGGGAAGUGUGAUCGACCAGAUAAUAGAUGUUUCUGAACAGAAGGGGACUGGGAAGGAGACGGUUAUAUCUGCUAUGGAGAUAGGAGAGGCAAUACCUGCAAUAACUGAGGCUGUUACAUCAAGGAUGGUAUCACAUAUGAAGGAUAAAAGAUGCUGGCUUUCCUCAAGGCUGAAAGGUAGCAGGGGAGGCAAAAGAAUACCAGAAGAAACUAUAAGAAAAGGAUUCUAUCUUGCAAGGAUAGUCUCGUAUAUCCAAGGAUUCAAUCUAUUGAUGAAGGCUAGAAAGAAGUACGGAUGGACAUACACCAUUAAAGAUAUCACUAGGGUGUGGAGCAAUGGAUGCAUUCUCAGAGGAAAGCUUUUGAAUGUGGUUGAGGGCUUAGGGGAAGAAAGAGAGGAAGAUUUUGAACUUACGUCUGGGUUUGUGUCUCUCUACGACAGGUGCUCUGUGGACCUGAAAGAGAUGGUCUUAUAUUCUGUAGAAAAUGAGGUGGCCAUCCCAACUAUUUCAUCCUGUUUGAUGUAUUUGAAUGGCAUGAAAGAGAAGGAAGGGGGAGGCAAUAUGAUUCAGGCUAUGAGAGAUUACUUUGGAUCCCACACCGUGGUAAUGAAAGGGGAGUCUCAAUCUGUUCACAUUGAAUGGGCUUAG